AUGAAACCCGACCCCGACGAAAACGAAGAAACCGCCUACGAGCUCCUCCGGCAGCAAAACAUCCUCAAGAACAAAGCCCUCCUGCAGCAGCUCUCUCUCGACGCCGCCAGCGUCAGCGCCAGCCGUCCCUCCGCCUCCCCCGCCGCCAAAGCCUCCUCCUCCUCCACCUCCACGCGAAAGCGCGCCCCGCGCAAGCCCGCCGCCGAGUCCACGCUCCCGCGGCGCACAUCCAGCCGCCUCGCCGGCCUGCCCGCGGACUCGGAGGCCGCGAAGCGGAAAGCGCGGGACGACGAUGCGGCGAUAAGCGCUAGUCUGAUGGAGAGCGCGGCGAAGAGGAUGAGGGUGCCCGGGGACCUGAGCUUUGAGCUGAAGAAGGGACUGCUGGAUGAUGGCGGGGUGAAGGGGAGGGGGAGGACGUUUACGGAGGAGGAUGUGAAGGGGACGAAGGAUAAGGGGUUGAGGAGCAUGAGGGAGAAGAUGAGUGCGCUGAAGCUGUAUGAUCGGUUUGAGGUUAAUGACAUCAAGAUCACCCCCGAGCGCAUCUACGCCCUCGCCUUCCACCCCACAACCACAAAACAGCUCAUCUUCGCCACCGACAAGACCGGCAACCUCGGCAUCUUCGACGCCACCUCCCCGUCCCCCACGCCCGACAUCUCAACCUACAAACUCCACGCCCGCACCAUCUCCGCCUUCACCAUCCCCUCCAGCACGCCCACAGCCCUCUACACCGCCUCCUACGACGGCACCAUCCGCUCCUUCAACCUCACCACCGGCCUCGCCACCGAAGCCUACGCCGGCGACCCCGACGACGCCCUCUCCGCAAUCGACGUCGUCGCCCCACACACCCUCUACUUCACCACGCUCCUCGGCCGCCUCGGCCGCGUCGACACGCGCGCGCCCGCCGCACAGGCACAGCUGUGGACGCUCAGCGACAAGAAGAUCGGUGGUUUCAGCCUGCACCCUGGCGCGCCGCACCUGUGCGCCACGGGCUCGCUGGACCGCACCGUCAAGGUGUGGGAUCUGCGGCGGAUGGUGGGGGAGGGGGAGGACCGCGCGCCGGCGCUGCUGGCCAGCCAUACGAGCCGGCUCAGUGUGAGCUGUGCGCUGUGGAAUGGUAAUGGCACGCUGGCGACGACGUCGUAUGAUGAUACGGAAGGGGAAGGGGAAGGGAAGGAGGUGGAGACGGAGGUGAAGGAGAUUGAGCCGGCGCAUGUGAUACGGCACAACAACCAGACUGGGCGAUGGGUCACCAUCCUGCGCGCCCAAUGGCAGCAAACGCCGCCGGGCGGCCAGCACAAGUUCGUCAUCGCAAACAUGAACCGCUACCUCGACAUCUACAGCGAGUCUGGCGAGCAGCUCGCACAGCUCAGCCACGAGAGCAUCACCGCCGUGCCCGCCGUCGCCCAGUUCCACCCCACCAUGGACUGGGUCGCGGGCGGCACCGGGAGUGGGAAGGUUGUGCUCUUCAGUUGA